ACAUCUCAACAAUAGAUGAGACGUAUUCUUCUAUAUAUACAUGUGUAAAGGGAAGAAACUAAGUACAACAUACUCUUUCCCAAUCCAAGGAAAGCACUAAUAAUUAAUCUCCAUGGAGAUCCAACUACCCUCUUUCCCAAUCCUCUUGAUCUCCUUCCUCUUUUUGUUUAUGGUGCUUACCAAACUACUGAAAACAACCAAAACCAGCUCAUUAAAACUUCCCCCAGGGCCAUGGAAAUUACCCCUUGUAGGAAACAUACCCCACCUUCUUGGCUCUUCCCUACUCCAUCAUAAACUCAGAGACUUAGCCAAGAAACAUGGCCCCCUGAUGUACCUAAGAGUUGGAACAGUUCCCACCAUAAUAGCUUCAUCUGCAGACUAUGCCAAAGAGAUCAUGAGAACCCACGACAACGUUUUCGCAUCUAGGCCACAGAUUCUUUAUUCCCAGAUCAUACUAUAUGAUUACUCAGACAUUGGUUUUUGUCCAUAUGGUGAAUAUUGGAGGCAAGUGAGGAAGAUGUUUGUGCAUGAGCUUUUCAGCCCACCAAGAAUUGAGUCCUUUUUCAAGCCUAUUAGAAAAGAAGGGUUGCUUAGUUUUGUGGAAUGGAUUCGUUUGAAUGAUGGGUUGGCUAUCAAUCUCACUGACAAGGUCAAUUUGGCGUUUUGUAGCAUCUUUUCUAGGGUUACUUGUGGUCAGUCAAAGGUGGAUAAUGAAGAGAUCUUGUCUGUGUUGAUGGGGACUAUGGAGGUGUCACUAGGGUUUGAACUUACCGAUUAUUUUCCUUCUGUGAGUUUUUUUGGCCAUAUUAGUCGAUCUAAGCCAAAACUCAUGAAGCUGCGAGAAAGGUCAUCGAGGAUAUUUGAUAAAGUCAUUCAAGAACACCAAGAGAAAAAGUCAACGGAGUUAAGUGCUGGCCAGCGUGGCGAUGAGGAAGAAGAUAUGAUUGAUGUUCUUCUCAAGCAUUACAACAAUGGUGACCGUGGAUAUUCCUUGACGUUGGACAAUCUUAAGGCAAUAAUUUGGGACAUCUAUAGUGGUGGAAUUGAGACAUCAUCCACAACAAUCGAAUGGGCAAUGUCUGAAAUGAUGAAGAAUCCAACGAUAAUGAAAAAAGCACAAGAUGAGAUUAGAGAAGUCUUUAGCAAGAAAGGGUCAUCCAUUGAUGAAACAAAGCUUAGUGAAAUGACAUACUUGAAAUCAAUUGUUAAAGAAACCAUGAGAUUACACCCUUCUCUUCCUUUGUUAGUUCCAAGAGAAAGCCAACAUGAGUGUGAAAUUAAUGAGUUUCAGAUACCUACCAAAACCAGAGCCAUAGUUAAUGUAUGGGCAAUUGCAAGAGAUCCUAAGUAUUGGACUGAGCCUGACAGUUUUAUACCAGAAAGGUGGCUAAAUAGCUCUAUUGACUCAAAGGGUAACCAUUUUGAGUAUCUUCCAUUCGGUGCUGGGAGGAGAAUAUGUCUAGGUAUAUCAAUUGGUCUCGUGAGUGUGGAGUUUACUCUUGCAUUGUUGCUAUACCAUUUCAAUUGGAAACUCCCAAAUGGAAUGAAACAUGAAGAUAUUGACAUGACUGAGUCGUUUGGUGCAACACUGAAAAGAAAAAAUCAUCUAGACUUGAUUCCUUCACCUAUAAUAAUUAAUGAUCACAUGUGGAGUUAGGUGAAGCUAGCCAUAUAUAUCAUGAAUGUUUUACUAGUUUGCUUGUGUUGGUUUUUUAUUAUUGUUAAAUAUUUCUUGUUAUUUCUUAGUAUAUCACCUGUUUAAUUAGUAGCAAUUGAAAAACUAAAUAGCAACUAUGUAAUCUCAAGUUGGGUUAUUGGAAGAUUAAAGCAUUUUUUGUUUUAAUGAGAACUAUGUAAAACUAUGUGUCUAUUAUCUAAUGUAUGUAAACCUUUACUAUA